CCGGAAGUUCCCUUGAGGUGAGCUCUAAGCUUCCGGACCAGAGCUGGACCCUGAAGUGCCAUGCGGGAGAGUCUGUGUGGAGUUGCCGACUUCUAAGUGCUGCCUUAAGUCGUCUUCCGGGUGAAAAGCAGCAGAUGACCCGUGCUUACAGAAAUUCGCUGGCGUGAGAGAUGACGUCCUUAGCCCAGCAGCUCCAACGACUCGCCCUCCCUCAGAGUGACCCCAGUCUCUUUUCUAGAGAUGAAGUUGCCUCUUUGUUGUUUGACCCAAAGGAGGCGGCCACCAUCGACAGAGACACCGCCUUUGCCAUUGGAUGCACUGGCCUGGAAGAGCUGCUUGGAAUCGAUCCUUCUUUUGAGCAGUUCGAAGCACCGUUGUUCAGCCAGCUAGCAAAAACUCUGGAGCGCAGCAUUCAGACCAAAGCAGUGAACAAAGAGCUGAAUGAAAAUAUUUCGUUAUUCCUUAUUCACUUGUCCCCUUAUUUCCUGCUGAAACCAGCACAGAAAUGUCUGGAGUGGUUGAUUCACAGGUUCCAUAUCCAUCUUUAUAAUCAAGAUAGCCUCAUUGCUUGUGUUUUGCCAUACCAUGAGACAAGAAUAUUUGUGCGAGUUAUACAGCUUCUAAAAAUUAAUAAUUCAAAGCAUAAGUGGUUCUGGUUGCUGCCAAUCAAGCAAUCUGGAGUGCCCUUAGCUAAGGGAACUUUGAUUACCCACUGCUACAAAGAUCUUGGAUUCAUGGAUUUCAUUUGUAGUCUGGUGACAAAAUCUGUGAAGGUUUUUGCUGAGUUUCCUGGGAGUUCAGCUCAGUUGAGAGUUCUCUUAACUUUUUAUGCCUCUACCAUUGUGUCUGCUCUAGUGGCUGCUGAGAACAUAUCAGACAAUAUAGUUGCCAAGUUACUUCCAUAUGUCCAAAAGGGAUUGAAAUCAUCUUUGCCAGAUUACAGAGCUGCAACAUACAUGAUAAUAUGUCAGAUUUCCGUAAAAGUGACAAUGGAAGAUACCUUCAUUAGUUCAUUGGCUUCACAGAUCAUUAAAACACUGACCAAGAUUCCCUCUUUGAUCAAGAAUGGAUUAGGUUGCUUGAUAGUGCUCCUGCAGAGACAGAAGCCAGAGAGCCUUGGGAAAAAGCCGUUUCCUCAGUUGUGUAAUGUUCCUGAUCUUAUUACAAUACUUCAUGGGAUUUCUGAAAUAUAUGAUAUCAGUCCUCUUCUGCACUACAUGCUUCCCCAUCUAGUUGUGUCCAUCGUUAAUCAUAUUACAGGAGAAGAAACUGAAGGGAUUGAUGGUCAAAUCUACAGGAGACACUUAGAAGCUAUACUCACAAAUAUAUCACUGAAAAACAACUUAGACCAUUUAUUGGCUAGCCUUCUUUUUGAAGAGUAUAUUUCAUACAGUUCACAGGAAGAAAUUGAUCUUAAUAAAGUGUCUUUGCUUAAUGAACAGUUUCUUCCACUUAUCAGGCUUUUAGAAAGCAAAUAUCCUAGAACAUUAGAUGUUGUAUUAGAGGAAUGCCUAAAAGAAAUUACAGAUGUAAAAAAACAAGAGCUUUUUCACCAAUUUAUCUCUCUUUCUACAAGUGGAGGAAAGUAUCAGAUUUUAGCAGAUUCUGAUACCUCCUUGAUGCUCAGUCUGAAUCAUCCACUUGCUCCUGUGAGACUUCUGGCCAUUAAUCAUCUGAAAAAUAUCAUGAAAACAUCAAAGGAGAGCAUUGAUGAGUCUUUCAUAAAAGAUGCUGUUUUAACCCGAUUAGCUGAUGAUAGUAUAGACGUUGUUUUGUCAGCUAUAAGUGCUUUUGAGGUUUUUAAACAACAUUUUAGUUCAGAAGUGUCUGUUUCAAAUCUUCUGAAUCUCUUUCAAAGAGCAGAACUUUCAAAAAAUAAAGGGUGGUACAAGGUACUUGAAAUAGCAGCAGACAUACUAAUUAAAGAAGAGAUACUGAGUGAAAAUAAACAGUUGUCUGAUCAGGUAGUGGUACAGCUGCUGCCGUUUCUCGUUAUUGACAAUGAUGAUAUGGAAUCUGCUGAGAUGAAACUCGCUAUAUACUUAUCAAAAUCAGGGAUUUGCUCUCUACACCCUAUGUUAAAAGGCUGGGAAGAAACUCUUGAAAAUGUGAUUAAAAGCACAAAGUCAGGAAAACUAAUUGGUGUAGCAAAUCAGAAGAUGAUUGAGUUGUUGGCUGACAAUAUAAAUUCGGGGGAUCCUUCUUCAAUGUUAAAGAUGGUGGAAGAUUUAAUAAGUAUUGGGGAAAAGGAGUCCUUUAGCCUGAAGCAGAAAGUAACUUUUCAUGUCAUCAUGGCUGUGUUGGUGUCUUGCUGUUCAUCUUUAAAAGAAACUCACUUUCCAUUUGCAAUAAGAGUCUUCAGUUUGCUGCAGAAAAGAAUAAAGAAGCUCGAAAGUAUCAUUACUGCAGUGGAAAUCCCCAAAGACUGGCAUUUUGAGCUGAUGAUGGACAGAGUGAUACCAGUGGAGCUGUGGGCACAUUAUAUAGAACAGCUCAACAAUGCCCAGAGGAUUGCUGUGGAGGACUCAGUAUUACUUGUAUUUUCACUGAAAAAUUUUAUUCAUGCACUAAAGCCUCCUAAAUCUUUUCCUAAAGAUGACAUAUGGUGGAAUCCUGCACAACUGCAAGAAGACAGCAGAAACUAUCUGCAGUUGCUUAUUGGGCUCUUUGAGAUUGUUCUCAAUGGUGCUGAUGCCAUCCAUUUCAGGAUUCUGAUGAAACUCUUCACAAAGGUACAUCUGGAAGAUGUUUUUCAGUUAUUCAAGUUCUUUUCUGUUUUAUGGACUUACAGUUCAAGCCUUUCAAAUCCACUUAACUGCAACGUGAAAACAGUGCUGCAGACUCAGGCCCUUUACAUAGGUUGUGCAGUGCUCUCUGCUCAGAAGGCACAGUAUAAACACCAGCUGGCAUCUCUCUCUUCUCCAGUGGUGAUAUCUCUCCUCAUUAGUCUGGGAAGCCCCAUAAAAGAAGUACGAAGGGCUGCCAUUCAUUGUCUCCAGGCCCUCAGUGGAGUGGGGUCCCAGUUUCAUCUGGUAAUAGAUCAUUUGGUUCCUAAAGCAGAAGAGAUCACCUCAGAUGCCACCUAUGUUGUUCAGGACUUUGCUACUUUGUUUGAGGAACUGCAAAGAGAAAAGAAACUGAAAUCUCAUCAAAUGUUGUCUGAAACUUUGAAAAACCUACUUAAUUGUGUAUAUAAUAGCCCAUCUUACAUAGCAAAAGAUUUGAUGAAAGUACUUCAAGAAGUCAAUGGUGAGAUGGUACUUUCUCAGCUAUUGCCAAUGGUUGAACAACUAUUAGAAAAGAUCCAGAAGGAGCCCACAGCUGUCCUGAAAGAUGAGGCCAUUGUUUUGCAUCUCAUUCUGGGGAAAUAUAACGAAUAUUCAGCUCCUCUCUUACAUAAAGACCCAAAGAGUCUAGAUGUAUUUAUCAAAGCCUUGCACACAACAAGCGAACUUUGCACAGGAAUAUCGUCCAUUCAGAUUACAGCCCUUGAAAAGAUUACAAAGCCAUUUUUUGCCACUAUAGCAGAUGAAAAAAUUCAGCAGAAACUUUUGCACAUGUUGUUUGAUUUGUUGGUGAACUGUAAAAAUUCACAUUGUGCUCAGACUGUUAGCAGUGUUUUUAAAGGGAUUUCUGUUAAUGCUGAACAAGUCAGAAUAGAGCUGGAGCCACCAGAUAAAACUAAGUCCUUAGGCACAAUUCAGCAAACAAGAAGGCAAAAAAUGCAGCAGAAAAAAUCACAAGAUCUGGAGUCCAUUCAGGAAGUUGGAGAUUCUUACUGGCAAAGAGUAACCCUCAUCCUAGAAUUACUGCAGCAUAAAAAGAAACUUAAAAGUCCUCAGAUUCUGAUACCAACUCUUUUUAACCUGCUGUCGAGGUGUUUAGAACCUUUGCCACCGGAGCAGGGAAAUAUGGAAUACACCAAACAAUUAAUUCUAAGUUGUUUGCUCAACAUCUGCCAGAAACUCUCUCCAGAUGGCAGCAAAAUACCAAAAGAUGUUCUAGAUGAGGAGAAGUUCAAUGUGGAAUUGAUAGUCCAGUGCAUCCGUGUUUCAGAGAUGCCUCAGACCCACCACCAUGCCCUUUUACUUUUGGGUACAGUUGCUGGAAUAUUCCCAGAUAAAGUUCUACACAAUAUCAUGUCUAUUUUUACAUUUAUGGGAGCCAAUGUCAUGCGUCUGGAUGAUACUUACAGCUUUCAAGUUAUUAACAAGACAGUGAAAAUGGUUAUUCCUGCACUUAUUCACUCUGAUGGAGACACUGUGGAAGUUACGAGAAACGUGGAAGAAGUCGCAAUGAAAAUCAUCGGUGUAUUUGUGGAUGCACUGCCACAUGUUCCCGAGCACAGGCGCCUGCCUGUCCUUGUCCAGCUUGUUGACACACUGGGUGCAGAAAGAUUCCUCUGGGUUCUCCUCAUCUUGCUUUUUGAACAAUAUGUCACUAAAACAGUGCUAACAGCUGCCUAUGGAGAAAAGGAUGCUAUUUUAGAGGCAGACACUGAAUUUUGGAUUUCCGUCUGUUGUGAAUUUGGUGUCCAGCAUCAGAUACAAAGCUUGAUGAAUAUCCUCCAGUACUUAAUAAAGCUGCCAGAGGAAAAAGAAGAAACCAUUCCCAAAGCAGUCUCUAGUAAGAGUGAAUCACAAGAAGACAUGCUACAGAUUUUUAACAUAGAGACUCACACUAGCAAGCAACUACGGCAUUUUAAAUUUUUGUCAGUGUCCUUCAUGUCUCAGCUCCUGGCUUCCAAUAAUUUUAUCAGAAAGGUAGUUGAAAGUGGUGGUCCUCAGGUUUUAAAAGGCCUUGAACAGAGGUUGUUAGAAACAGUUCUUGGCUAUAUUAAUACUGUAGCACAGUCUGUGGAGAAAAAUGAAGACAAACUAACUGUGAAGUUUUGGCGAGCACUACUCAGUAAAGCUUAUGACAUGUUGGAUAAGGUCAAUGCCUUGCUGCCCCCAGAAACAUUCAUUUCUGUGAUCAAAGGGCUGCUGGGUAACCCACUGCCAUCUGUUCGCCGGAAAGCAUUGGAUCUUUUGAACAACAAGCUACAGCAGAAUACACCCUGGAAAAAGAAAAUCGUUUAUCGUUUCCUAAAACUGGUUCCAGUCCUUUUGGCCAUUGUGCAGCAUAAAAAAAAGGCGAUAGAAGAACAAGCAAUAAACAGACAAACAGCUUUGUAUACCCUAAAACUUUUAUGCAAGAAUUUUGGUGCCAAAAAUCCAGAGCAUUUUGUCUCAGUGCUGAACACCACAGUGAAACUGAUUGCUCCAAAAUCAAAAGAAGAGAAAAAUGUCUUGGGAAGUGCCCUGCUGUGUGUAGCAGAGGUGACUGCUACCCUCGAAGUACUGGCCAUCCCUCAGCUUUCCAGCCUGAUGCCAUCACUGCUGGCAACAAUGAAAAAUACCAGCGAGCAGGUCUCUGGAGAAGUCUACUUGCUCAGUGCUUUGGCAGCUGUGCAGAAGGUUGUUGAGACUCUCCCACACUUCAUCAGCCCCUACCUCGAAGGUGUUCUGUCACAGGUGGUUCAUUUGGAGAAAGUCACCAGUGAAAUGGGUUCUGCCUUACAAGCUAAUGUUCAUCUCACAUCUCUAAAAAAGACACUGGCCACCACUCUCUCACCUCGAGUCUUACUGCCAGCCAUCAACAAAACGUACAGGCAUAUUGAGAACUGGAAGAAUCAUAUGGGUCCAUUUAUGAGCAUUCUGCAAGAGCACCUGGGGGUGAUGAAGAAGGAAGAGCUCAGCUCCCAUCAGCCUCAGCUCACUGCGUUCUUCCUGGAGGCCCUGGACUUUCGCGCACAGCACCCUGAGGAUGAUCUCGAGGAAAUUGGAAAAACAGAAAAUUUUAUCAUUGACUGUCUAGUAACCAUGGUUGUGAAACUUUCUGAAGUGACAUUCAGACCUCUGUUCUUCAAGCUGUUUGAUUGGGCUAAAACAGAGGAUGCCCCAAAGGACAGACUAUUGACAUUUUAUAACUUGGCAGAUUGCAUUGCUGAAAAACUGAAAGGGCUUUUUACUCUGUUUGCUGGCCACUUAGUGAAGCCUUUUGCUGACACCUUGAACCAGGUGAACAUCUCCAAAACAGAUGAAGUGUUUUUCGACUCUGAAAAUGACCCUGAAAAAUGCUGCUUGCUGUUACAGUUUGUUUUGAAUUGUUUAUAUAAAAUCUUCCUUUUUGACACCCAGCAUUUUGUAAGUAAAGAGAGAGCAGAAGCCUUGAUGAUGCCCCUGGUGGAUCAGCUAGAAAACAGGCUUGGAGGAGAAGAGAAGUUCCAGGAACGGGUGACGAAGCACCUAAUACCAUGCAUUGCACAGUUUUCAGUGGCCAUGGCAGAUGACUCUCUUUGGAAACCACUGAACUACCAGAUUCUUCUAAAGAUGAGAGACUCUUCUGCCAAGGUUCGAUUUGCUGCUUUGAUCACUGUGUUAGCACUGGCUGAAAAACUAAAGGAGAAUUAUAUUGUCUUGCUACCAGAAUCCAUUCCUUUCUUAGCUGAAUUGAUGGAAGAUGAAUGUGAAGAAGUAGAACAUCAGUGCCAAAAGACUAUUCAGCAACUGGAAGCUAUACUAGGAGAGCCACUCCAGAGCUACUUCUGAAACUUCAGGGUUUUUUGGUGUUUCAUAUUCUGUUCAGAGUUCAAUUUUUAAUACAUUUUUUUUUGGAUGUUUGGUACCAUGUUACUUUUGGUACCUUAACACCCACUUGGACUUCUUCCCAAAAUUCCCACCUGGUUCAUGCUACCACAUAAGCCUCUCUGCCAGUUGUAUAGAACUGCAAAAAGAGUAAAAUAUACAUGGUAUUUUUAUACAGACUGCUGUGUUUGUUUAAUCUUUUCUAAUUGAUAUUAUUACAGGCAUGUUUAAUAUUAUCAGUACCCAAAGCUAACUAUAAAGCCAUAAACUCCUGUAAAGGAAUGGCUUAUGUAUAUGGUGUGGCAUCCAUGUCAGAUUAUUCAUUCAAAGUAGCUCUUCAAGAUGAUUGAUUCAGCACUCAACAAGUAUGCUUUUGACUGUAAAGCCAUUUGGAUUUUUAUUCUCCAUUUUGGAUAGAUGGUAGUUCAGCCUUAAUUUUUAUAUGUGCCCAUAGAGACAAAUAGUUCUGGAAUACAUUUUUAACUCAAGACUA